CCUAACCUCUCAUCGCCCGCCUACUUCCGUUUCCCUCUCAUGCUUUCUCAGCCCCUUCACCUUCUACUUGUUUGCAUUUACUCCGGCAGGCAGAAGAUCGCAAGAUUUAUACGUUAUUGAUUAUUGGUUUACUCCGUAAUUUGCAACGACAUGUUCAAAGUUUACCGGAAUAGCUCAAUCGACUGGAUGCCGUCUCCGGUAGUAGCCCUAGCAACCAGCGCUGACAACUCUCAGGUUGCCGCCGCUCGGGAGGACGGUUCACUCGAGAUUUGGCUCGUCUCUCCUGGCUCUGUAGGCUGGCACUGUCAGCUGACGAUUCACGGAGACCCUAAUUCGAGAGUUUCCUCGCUGGUGUGGUGUCGUGCUGGUUCAAAAGGGUUGCAUUGUGGCCGGUUGUUUUCCUCCAGUAUUGAUGGGUCGGUUUCGGAGUGGGAUCUUUUUAAUUUGAAGCAGAAGACUGUAUUAGAGUCCAUUGGGGUCUCAAUCUGGCAGAUGGCUGUGGCACAAUCUAAUGCUCCUCCGAGUUACACAAAGCCUAAGUCCCAAAAUACUGGAAAUGGCUUUUUAAAUGGUAAUAUUGGAGAUGAUGACGACAAUGAAUCUAGUGAAAGUGAGUCAGACUCAGACUCAGACGAAGUCCACGAGAAAUCAGUUGCUGAUGAUUCACUACUUGUGGCAAUGGGUUGUGAUGAUGGUUGUGUUAGACUUUACAAUAUCUCUGAAUCAGAUGAGUUGUUAUACAAUAAAUCAUUGCCUAGGGUCAGUGGUCGUGUUUUAAGUGUGGCUUGGGGUCCUGAUGCUAACAGACUAUAUUCGGGGAAUAGUGAUGGGAUUGUAAGGUGUUGGAAUCCAAAACUUGGUCACGAAAUCUAUAGGAUUACACUUGGGCUUGGAGGACUGGGUAGUGGACCCGAACUAUGUGUUUGGUCAUUACUUGCUCUGAGGUGUGGGACCCUUGUUACUGCGGACAGUACUGGUAGUGUUCAGUUUUGGGAUUCUCAGCAUGGAACUCUUAUACAAGGACAUUCUUACCACAAAGGAGAUGUGAAUGCACUAGCAACUGCCCCUGGGCAUAACAGGGUGUUUUCUGCUGGUUCUGAUGGCCAGGUUAUUCUUUAUAAACUUUCGAGUGAGAUAGUUGGGUCGAGUGCUGACAACACUUUAGCAGUGAUGAAUAAAUGGACCUACAUUGGUUAUGUAAGAGCUCACACUCAUGAUGUCAGGGCCUUGGCAGUGGCUGUACCUAUCAGUCGCGAAGACUUUAUGCCGGAGGAGGAUGUAAAGCGGAUUCGUGGUAAGGAGAAGCCAAUGGAUUUUAGUUACCGGAAGUGGGCUCAUUUAGGGGUUCCCAUGCUUAUCUCAGCGGGGGAUGACACGAAGCUCUUUGCCUACACAGCAAAGGAGUUCACCAAGUUCUCUCCUCAUGAUAUAUGUCCUAGUCCUCAGAGAUUACACACUCAACUAGUUCUUAAUUCAGUGUUCAAGCAGACAUCAUUGCUUUUAGUCCAGGCACCUUAUUGUUUAGAUAUUUUCUGCGUUUACACAAAUGGCGGGGCACUUCGCAAACUGAAUUCUGUCACUUCUGGGGGCUGUGCAACUACUAAGCUGGUUGCUAAAGUUAAGAGUAAGGCAUCUCGAAAGAUCAUCUGCAGUGCCAUUUCUAAAUCAGGGAGCCUAUUUGCUUAUUCAGAUCAUCUUAAACCCAACCUAUUUGAAUUGAAGAGGCAUGAAUCUGGAAAAAGCUCAUGGGCUGUUAAUAAAAAGCAACUUCCUCGGAAACUAACAUAUGCGCAUUCAAUGAUCUUUAGUUCUGAUUCUUCACGAUUGAUUAUAGCAGGGCAUGAUAGAAGAAUUUAUGUUGUGGACGUGGACAGUGCAGACAUUGUACAUACCUUCACACCUCGCCGUGAUGAAAAUGAAGAGGAAUUACCUCCAAGUGAGCCUCCCAUAACAAAAAUGUUUGCCAGUUGUGAUGGGCAGUGGUUGGCUGCCGUAAACUGUUUUGGAGAUGUAUAUUUGUUCAACUUGGAGACACAAAGACAGCACUGGUUCAUCUCAAGAUUGGAUGAUGCCUCUGUUACAGCUGGCGGGUUUCAUCCUCAAAAUAGCAAUGUGCUUGUAAUCACCACCUCUUCAAACCAGGUUUAUGCAUUUGAUGUAGAUGCCAAACAGUUGGGAGAAUGGUCGCAGAAACACACAUUUGUUCUCUCUAAGAGAUACCAAGAAUUUCCUGGGGAAGUUAUUGGGCUGUCUUUCCCACCAUCAACUAGUUCGUCUUCUGUUAUUAUUUAUAGUGCCAGGGCCAUGUGCUCCAUUGACUUUGGAAUGCCUGUGGAUCGUGAUGAUGACUACGACAUGAUAAAUGGUAACGGGGGACUGAAGCGUAAGUUGAGAGACUGCCAAACAGAUUCUAAAGUGAAUGAUAGAAAAUUUUUUGAAUUUUUUGCAUUCAGAGAUCCUGUUUUAUUUGUUGGUCACCUUUCAAACAGAUCUAUGAUGGUCAUAGACAAGCCAUGGGUUGAUGUGGUUAAAACUUUCGAUGCCCCCCCAGUCCACAGACAUAUUUUUGGGACAUAAUUGCUCAUUGGGGGGGGGGGGGGGGGGGAUUUGUUUGCAGCCAUUUAAGUUUAGGUCUGGCAAUCAACCCUAUACUUUUGUCACAUAACUCACAUCCCUUGUUUUUCCUGGAGAUCUGGGGACAAAGGCAUGUUGUGUAAUGUAUUCAUUGAGUAAUUUUUUCAACAUGUAACAGCAGCUUUUCUGUCUUCUGCAUUCUCCCAAAUAUUUUUCAUACCGAGGUGUUUGAUGUGCAAGUGCGUUUGUCAUAUGAAUAACGUGAAUUAUUAAAUCGUU